AAAUAUUAUAAGUAGAAAUUAAAAAUUACACACAUGAUGUCAUUUAAUAUUCGCAGUCAUAUGUGGUUAAAAUUUUUUAAACCUAAAGUGAAUUAGACGAUUUUUUUUUUUCGAAAUUCAUCAAAUUCUUUUUUCUUUCUUGAUCAUUUCCGGGGAGGAGAAAUGGCACGAAUCAAAAGGGAGGAUGCCAUGAGAUUCAAGAAGUAUGUUUGGGCCCUGUUCGAAGAAGUGGUGAGGACGCAACGCAAAGGCAUAACCUCGGGGGAGAUAUCUUCCUACAUCCAAAGCAGGCUGAAGGUAGACGUGAGGAACAGAGUCAACGCCAUCCUAGCGCUGGGAGCAGAAGUCGGGCUGGUCAACAUGAAGCAAGAGGGGCGAUUUCUCAUGAAGAGGGGAGUAUCCGAGCUGGACAAACUUCUCGAUACGAUAGCCUGAAUGGUGAAUCAUUUAUUCAAAUAAAUGUUAUUUAUUUUAA